GCAACUGAGGCAGACAGGUUCUAGAGCUCUUACAGCCUCUUGUGGGCCUGGCUGGCCUUCCGACCCUGCCUUCCACUUCGCAGUUAGAGCUCACAUCUCUGAGGGUUUAACAAGGGCCCGUUCUGCUCACUUGGGUUACUUUACUUAAACCUACCCACUUUGCAAGUGAGGAAACUGAGGUGUGGGGGUAAAGUGACUUGCCCACGGGGACAAAGCGAGCAAGUGGCAGAGAAAGGAUUGAAUGAACCCAGCAUCCUGGACCUCAAGCCCAUAGCCUUCACUAAACAGCCUGUCCUCUUGGUUGAUCCACACUUAGGAUUUUCCACUGUUCCACCUGGUGUCCAGAGUUAGAGAAGCUGAGGGCAGUGCUCCCUGUGCAGACCUUUCGUGGACCCAGGAGUCCCAGAGGAGCUUGGUCCCAGACUGAAAAUGAAGACAGCUGGGCCGCAGGCGUGGAGGGCCCUGGCAGAGCUGGUUCUUCUCUGUGCUGCUCUGGGUGCUGUUGGUUUGCCUGGCUCCAGAGGUGAAAGGCCACACUGUCUGGAGUCGAACGCAGUCAACGAGAGCCUUGCCAAGAGCCGACAGACGCGGAGUGCGGGUGUUGUGCCGAUGCCUCUUGAUUGUGAACUCUCUAGCUGGUCCUCCUGGACCACGUGUGAUCCCUGUCAGAAGAAAAGGUACAGACAUGUCUACUUGCUCCAGCCAUCUCAGUUCUAUGGGGAACCGUGUAACUUCUCUGACAAGGAAGUUGAAGACUGUGUUACCAGCAGACCAUGCAAAAGUCAACUGCGUUGUGAAGGCUUUGUGUGUGCACAGACAGGGAGGUGUGUAAACCGUAGACUUCUCUGCAAUGGGGACAAUGACUGCGGAGACCAGUCUGAUGAAGCGAACUGUAAGAAGAUUUUAAAAAAAUGUCAGCAUGAAAUGGAGCAGUACUGGGCAAUUGGCCGUCUGGCCAGUGGGAUAAAUAUGUUCACCAACAGAUUUGAGGGCCCGGUCCUGGAUCACAGGUAUUACGCCGGUGGAUGCUCCCCCCAUUACAUACUGAACACGAGAUUCAGGAAGCCCUACAAUGUGGAGAGCUACUCCCCACAGACCCAAGGCAAAUACGAAUUUGCGCUGACAGAGUAUGAAUCGUACUCAGAUUUUGAAAAAAAUGUCACAGAGACCGAAGAAAGCAAGUUUAGUUUCAGCUUUGGUUUUAAAAUACCUGGAAUAGUUGAACUUGGUAUGAACUUGAAAGAUGAAAAUAGCAAACAAUUUAUUAGAAGAAUCAAACGAUUCUCUCACACUAAAAGCUCAUUUCUGCAUGCGCGCUCUGACCUUGAAGUAGCACAUUACAGGCUGAAAGCCAGAAGCCUGAUGCUCCAUUACGAGUUUCUUCAGAGAGUCAAGCUGCUGCCCCUGGAGUAUAGUUACGGGGAGUACAGAGAUCUCUUCCGUGAUUUUGGGACCCACUACAUCACAGAGGCUGUGCUGGGGGGCAUUUAUGAAUACACACUCAUCAUGAAAAAGGAGGCCAUGGAGAAAGCAGAUUACUCUCUUAAGCAUGUCCACGCCUGUGCCCAGAUGGGUUUUAGAGUCGGCGCUGCUCUUAAGGUGGCCUAUGUCAAGCUCGGUGUGUCGAUGGAGCUAUGCCAGGAUAUUCUGAGAGAAAUAGGAGAGAGAAAUAAGAGAAACACCAUGGUGGAAGACUUGGUGGUCCUUGUGCGAGGAGGGGCCAGUGAGCACAUCACCACUCUGGCCUACAAGGAGAUCCCGACGGCAGAGCUGAUGCAGGAGUGGGGAGACGCAGUACAGUACAACCCAGAGGUCAUCAAAAUUAAGACAGAGCCUCUGUAUGAAUUGGUGACGGCCACAGACUUUGCCUUCUCCAACACAAUAAAGCAGAACAUGAAGCAGGCUCUCGAAGAGUUCCAGAAGGAAGUCAGCCCUUGCCACUGUGCUCCCUGCCAAGGGAAUGGAUUCCCUGUCCUGAAAGAAUCACGCUGUGAGUGCAUCUGUCCUAUUGGAGUCCAUGGCACAGCCUGCGAGGUCACCCAUGAGAAAGAUGUCCCCAUUGAUGGGAGGUGGAAUUGCUGGUCAGACUGGUCUCCAUGUUCUGGAGGACAUAAAACAAGACAAAGGCAGUGCAACAAUCCACCUCCUCAAAAUGGAGGCAACCCCUGUGUGGGCCAUGCUUCAGAAACACUUAAAUGUUAACGAAGAAGUGCUUCUUCCUACCGUGGGCUGCCCCCUGUGAGAGCUCUGAGCCCUUAGGAACUCAGGCCCAGUUACCUCCUACCCACUCCCACCGGGGGCCAGCCCAAGGGUAGAGGGCGGUGCCAUUCAGGGGGAUUAAAAUAAAAAUGUUAUUUGCAA